AUGCUCGCUCCCAUCGCCAUCAUCACCCUCGCCGCGCUCGCCACCGCGACGCCCCUCAAGCGCGCGUCCCACACUUCCACCAUCCACCCCGGGGGCCGCACCGACCUGUGCAUCCAGACCACGUCGCAGUACUACGGCGACAGCGUCGACAUUGCCAUUCGACCCUGCAACCCGUGCUCUCAGCAGCCGAUCCGCUUCGAGUUCAACGACGGCCCGACGCGCGUCAAGCUGGAGGGGUACAACUACUGCCUUGUCGCCGGCGCGACCUCUGGCGGUGGUUACACCCAGGCGGACGGCAACGUCGCGCACCUCGGCGUGUGCCCCACCGAGUCUUGGGUGGUCGGGUACGAGUGGAGCUUCCACGACGGCGUGUUCCAGCAGCUCGGCACGAGUUUCGCCGCCGCCGCCGUCACCUCCCUCGACCAGUGCCUCGACAACAAGGACGGCGCGUUCGGUGCCGUGCAGACCUGGCGCUGCUAUGACGGGAACCAGAACCAGCAGUGGAGUGCGGAUGCGUAG